AUGGCUUCCGAAGAUCUUAUUGUUGAUAGCCGCAAGUUCGACUGGGCUGAUGACGACGAUGAUGAUUUCGACCUGGAUAGCUGGAAUGCUACCGCCGACACCUCCGCGCCUACCGCCGCAGAGUUAGGCCCUCUUCAAGUCCCUCCUACCGGAGAUGCGACGAAGGAAGAAGAUGAGACCUACACCCUGUCCCGAAUUCGCAACGAGCGCGCUUUUUGGCAUUCUCCCGUCGGCGAAGAGUCAUCCGACACUGAGCUUACUCAGAAACAAGAGCCUGCUACUCAAUUGCCGGCCGAAUAUUGGUAUCUCGCCGUCCUUAACUGCCGCCCAGAGCAUCAGGUUAUGUCCGCGCGGUUCGAUCGUAUAACUCGCGCUAUUGGCUUGCGCUACGAUGGCAAAGAAGACGCAGAGGCGCCCGCCUAUCCGGAGUUGAGCAGCACCAAGACCUAUCGGUCUAACUACAUGAAAGGGUUUCAGAGCUGGAAAAUGAGACAUAGAUCGCCCUCAUGUGUUAAGGUCUAUCGUAAUUCACCCUUAAAAAUCGUCACUUCCAUUGAAAACGCGCACGAAAUCGACGACAUGGACGACGGUGCGAGCGAAGAGGUGGAGGAGGUGCUCGAUGAAGACGAGGCCAUACAGAUAUUCGCCUUUGAACAACAAGAGCAGGAUCAGGUUUCCGUCUUCGAUCGUCGCGAGCACGACCAAGAGGCCGAUCGCGAGAUGAAUGAAGAAAUUGACCGCAUGCUUAUCGAUCAAAGCAGGAACAACGUCGACAUAUCAGAACAAUUCUCGCGCAAGGAGCUGGAGGACUUGUAUCGUCAGUACAAAUCUCAGCAACUGGAGAUUGCCAAAAGCGAUACUGAAGAGCUAUACGCUAAUUAUGGGCUUGAUGUGAUUGAAGAGGAAGACACCGCUUCGAUGAAUAGCUGGGAGGCUGGUAGCUGGGGUGAAGAGGCUUUUGAACCUUACCAUGCUUAUGCUCAGCGUCACUCGAUGCCGUUCUUGGUUACUGACAUGACGGAGAACAAUGGAGCCUUAUCCUCGCUAUCCAUUCCGCUCAAUGCCCCGGCAACGGAAGGGGAGUUGGAUUUCAACAGCGUGGUCUUUGGAGACGAGGACGAAACCCAGGAUUCCAAGGCUGGGGUCACUUCUGAGACCGAUUCUGAACCUAGCGAUGAGGGCUAUGCAUCAUCCUCACCACCUAUCACUCCCACUCUCGAAAUCUUUCAAACUAUUGGCAGAAGGCAUACAAAGGACAGCUUUAUUCCAGCUGAGAUGCGACUGAGCUCGUCUUCUAUGCGCCGUAAGACCAAUGGUCGGACUCACUCCAUGGAUGCACUCAAGGAGUUUAGACAAACUGCCAGAAAUGAGCAGCCUGUCGACGACGCCUUCGAAGAAUAUGAAAACCACACCGUCCAAGAGAGUGCUCGAUGGGAUACAAAGUCUCACGAUGAGUUGGAGACUUCACUCAGAACCAGCAACAGCCCCGAAUUUACCCUUGUCGUCGUGCCACCGGAAGGGGAGGAAAUGACCAACGUCUGCCCUCUCAGCGAUCUAGCGCUGGUCUUGAUCGAGGAGGCCAAUCGCGUCAUUCCAGAUGAGGUUGAACAUGGAGACCAUCCCACCAACGAUGAAGGACGCGGCACCCUCAAUCUAUCCUUCGCCUUCCCAGGUCCGUCUACCGAUCAGACCUCAUCCGUAACGAGAAGUACCGGAAUUACCACGUCGCCGCAUGAUUCUCCGUCAUCCAAGUCCUCUUCUCGUCGCUGGUCAGAUCCUCCAAAAUAUAUUCCUGAUCCUCCGUCACCCUUGCCGUCCCGCGCUACUCGGCACAAGAAACAGAACUCCUUGUCACUGGACCAUCUAGCUAGCGUAGUCACAAAGAGCAGAUUCUACAUAUGCGACAUGCCUUGGACCCAAGUUGGUGCCAUGGCAGCCGGGGUGGUUGCUGGUGGGCUAAUAGGCAUGGCCCGGCGUCAUUAG